GGGGUAUGAAUACUUCCUGAAGGCACUGUAGGUGGCACGUUGUGCCUGUGGUAAAAUGACCUGAUUUGGUUGCGGCGACUGUCUGAUGUCAACGGGUGACUCUCACUCAGCUCAUUAGCUAGCUGAUACACCCAGACUUUUUGUCUUUUGAUGACACUUGCAAAGACAGUUUGCCUUUUUGCAACGCAGCUCCUGAUGAGUAACUCCAAGCCCCUAAAUGAAUUGACACAAAACGUCUGUGUUUUAAACUAGAGGACUGAGGUUCACUCUGCAUUUUUGACUGCUGUAUUAAGAACUGUGACUCAAGUGAAGGACCUUAGAGAGAUUGCUGUUUGGCUACAGAGAUGAGUGUUGGGCUGACACAACCCAUCUGUAUGGAAAUGGCUCUGUCUCUACUCAUUUUGCCUGGGGUUUUGUGCACCAAAUGGCUUGUGGUAUAUCAAGAUGUCUGUGCAGUAAGAGGCUCUUCUGCUGUCAUUCUUCUGCACAUCACUAUCCUGAGAUGCCUGUUAACAAGAACCUUACAGUGGAAAAGGUUAUGUGGAGUCAAGGGAGGAAACAGUUUUUUGAUGGCCCUUUCAUCACUGAGAGUAAUAACAGAACUCAUCCCCCACCAAAUUUGAGUAUGUUGGUAACAAAGUUCAAAUUGUUCUUUGCAAAUCCACCAAGUAGAGCAGAGAGACAGUGGAGAAUAUGCAUUCAGAUUUGAACUAAUAACGGCGGCAAGUGGACGGGAAGUGAUGGUGCAAAAGUGAAUAUUUCUGGUAAGUCUGUUUUCCUUAUUUGCUUCAACGUGAAAUGGGCUUAGCUCACUAUUGCGUUGUCUAUAGACUAGGACAUUUACCGUUUUUCCCCUUCACUUUUAGAGUGAUCAUUUCGAUGGCAACACCCAAAGAACACGGACCAAUAAAGAAGGGAUUGUGUGAAUCUGACCUGUAUGAACAACUGUUCAUCUGCAGUUAUGUGGUUCAGGAAUGGAAAACCCUGCAAGAGGAGUCCUCAACUCUUUACCUCUGUGACAUAUCCUUUCAAGACUCUGGAAACUACUCAUGUUCUCCAAAGCAUCACAAUAGCCACUUUCUGAGGUUCAGGGUCAAUGUGAAUGUGAGUAAAGGAAGGUUUUAUCAACAAUAACACUGUUUUCUAAAAAGCCACUGACGUAAGAUAACAACUAGAUGAUGUGGUCUGAUCUCUUUCAGAUGGCCCUAGGAAUACCUCAGUCUCAGUCUGGCCGUCUCUGAAGUAUUGGAGGUAGUGAUGUACUUUGACCUGCAGCAGCAACUAACCCAACAUUGAACUACACUUGGUUUAAAAUAGAUGGAGCAGUGUCGGAAAUGGUAUCUCAGGCUGAGCUACAGUUUAAUGUUACUCACACUGGUAAUAGUGGGAAAUACUUCUGUGUCGUCAGCAAUAAGCAUGGAAGACAGAAUUCCACUAUUCUAUCUCUGAAAGUCAAAGAGCAUGCAAAGGGGAUGAAAGUUGUGACACUCACAAUACUUAUUGCAGUUCUUGCUGUAGUGCCAAUGAUUGUCGUUGUGCCUAUGGUCGCUUGGCAUCUUGUUGYUCACAGGAAAAAGACUACAGCACCAAAAUCAGAUACAGAAGAGAACACACGGACCACAGAAGUGCAUGUAACCAGCCCCAUGUCAGACUGUAGCCUGACAGAAGAGCGGAGAGAGGAACCAUCUCAACAGGAUGACGUCACCUAUACAACAGUGCACACCAACACCAAGCAAAAGGCAAACAUACAACAGCAGAACGAGGAAGCUACGGCCAUCUACAGCUCUAUGUGGGAGCAACAAGCCAAGGAGGACCUCUACAGUGUAGUAUCCAGGCCCACUCCCAGGGGGAAACAGGCUCAGGAUGACCCAGUCAUCUACAGCGUGCGUUCAGGUAACACAUCUCAACUAAGACUUUGUCACUUUGUCUGCGUUUAGCAAGCAGCCCAAAUUGUUUUUUUCCCCCUCACGAAUUGGUAUUUUUACCAAUCAGAUCAGCUCUGAAAAAGAUCUGAUGUUAAAAGAUCAGAAUUCGGCUGCCUGUCUAAGCGUAGCCUUUAUUGCCUUGAUGUUUUAAAAUACAACAAACAUUAUGAUCAUGCAGUACUAUUACCGUAAACAUAAGGCAGAUAGAUUCGUUUUUACUUCUGAAAUGAUGUUUUACAGUGUACAUUGGCCCAUUCAUACUUUCUUUGAGCUUUCUUAAGACUUUAUUUUGGUUUCAGGCAGUAGUUGAGAUGUUGCCUGGCUAACCAAACUCCUUGCUCGACCAAACGCUA